AUGAUCAUUCCCGUGCGGUGCUUCACGUGCGGGAAGGUGAUCGGGAACAAAUGGGACACCUACCUGGAUCUCUUGCAAGCGGACUACAGCGAGCGCGACGCCCUGGACGCGCUGGGUUUGGAGCGGUACUGCUGUAGACGGAUGGUGAUGUGUCACGUCGAUCUCAUCGAGAAGUUGUUGCGGUAUAACACGCUCGAACGCGUGGACGGGACGUGA